GUCGUGGAUGAGACACAUUUCUCCAAAAAUGAGGUGCGAGCAAUUUACAGAGCUUUCAAGGAAACAUCCCCCAAUGCUGUUAUAAAUAAAAGUAUACUCAGAGAGAAAUUCGCUGAACUUUUUCCUCAUGGCGAAAUAGAACAUUAUUCUGAUCUCUUAUUUGACUCAUUCGACAACGAUGGAAAUGGAACGAUUAAUUUCCAAGAGUUCGUUAAAGCCCUGUCUGUCCUUUGUCGAGGCACUAUGGACGAGAAACUUGACUGGUUAUAUAAGUUGUAUGAUCCGAAAGGAAAAGGCGAGAUAACAUGGCAUCGAGUAUUUUAUGUCAUUACUUCUAUGGACGAUCUUAUGGGUAGGAAAGCGCGACCUAUACCGAGUCGAGAGCAACGGGCACAACAUGCACAUAACGUAUUCCAGAAAUUCGAUAUUGGAAAACGAGGACGAAUUUCAAAGGACGAUUUCAUUACAGUAUGCAAAACUGAUCAGCAAAUAAUUGAAUCUAUGUCUGCAUUGUAUACAAUAUUACCGGGCUAA